AUGAUGAUGGGGGGGGGGGGGGGGGGGGGGGGGGGGGGGGGGGGGGGGGGGGGGGGGGGGGGGGGGGGGGGGGGGGUGGGGGGGGGGGGGGGGGGGGGGGGGGGGGGGGGGGGGGGGGGGGGGGGUGUGGGGGGGGGGGGGUGGGGGGGGGGGGGGGGGGGGUGGGGGGGGGGGGGGGGGGGGGGGGGGGGGGGGGGGGGGGGGGGGGGGGGGGGGGGGGGGGGGGGGGGGGGGGGGGGGGGGGGGGGGGGGGGGGGGGGGGGGGGGGGGGGGGGGGGGGGGGGGGGGGGGGGGGGGGGGGGGGGGGGGGGGGGGGGGGGGGGGGGGGGGGGGGGGGGGGGGGGGGGGGUGGGGGGGGGGGGGGGGGGGGGGGGGGGGGGGGGGGGGGUUUUGUGUUUUGGGUGGUUGUUAUGA